AUGGAGCCGGUGGGCACCAUCACCGUCGUCCUCCUCCUCAUCCUGGUGGCCACGACCAUCGUGGCCCGGUGGAAAAAGGAGCAGCGGAGCCAAAAUUACCCGCCGGGGCCACCGGCGCUGCCGCUCAUCGGGAACCUACUGCAGGUCAGGGCUGCCGACACCUGCAAGACCUUCCGCAAGCUGAGCGAGAAGUAUGGCCCCGUCUUCUCCCUGCGCUUUGGCUCGGAGCGGGUGGUGGUGGUCUUCGGCUACGAGGUGGUGCGGGAGGUGCUGGUGAACCGCGGGGACGAAUUCACCGACCGGGGGCGGUUCCCGUUGGCGGAGAAAAGCAACAAGGAUCUCGGCAUCUUCAUGAGCAACGGGGAGAUGUGGACGCAGACCCGGCGCUUCACCCUCACCACGCUGCGGGACUUCGGCAUGGGCAAGAGGAGCGUGGAGGAGCAGGUCCAGGAGGAGACGGCGAUGCUGCUGCAGGAGCUGGAGCGGACCAAAGGGCGGCCCUUCGACCCCGCCAUGCUGCUGAGCGCAGCCGUGGGCAAUGCCAUCUGCCGCAUCCUCUUCGGCGAGCGCUUCGGCUACGAUGACGAGGAGUACCGGCACGUCCUCCGGCGCCUCGCCGAAAAUUUCCAAGUGGAGAGCUCCAUCGCCGGGCAGCUCUACAACAUCCUGCCCGGCCUGAUGGACCGCCUGCCCGGCCCCCACCACACCUUAUUCCGGAACAAUUCCUUCAUCCAAGACUUCUUGGCCAAGAAGGUGGCGGAGCACGAGGCCACCCUGGAUUUGGCGGCGCCCCGGGAUUUCGUGGAUGCUUUUCUCCGCAGGAUGGAGCAGGAGAAGGGGAAGCCCGGGACGGCUUUCAGGCGUGACAACAUGCAGACGACGGUGUUCGACAUGUUCGUGGCGGGGACGGAGAGCACCAGCAUCACCCUCCGCUACUGCCUGAUGCUGCUGCUGGAGCACCCCGAGGUGGCAGGGAAGGUGCAGGAGGAGAUCGAGCGGGUGCUGGGGCGGGAGCGGCCCCCCACCCUGCGGGAUCGGGGGGUCAUGCCCUACACCGAGGCCGUGCUCCACGAGGCGCAGCGGUACCUGGACCUGGUUCCUCUGGGAUUCAUCCGGACGGUGAAGCGGGAUACGCCGUUGGGCGGCUUCACCAUUCCCAAGGGCUGCACCAUCUACCCCGUCCUGAGCUCGGCGCUGCGCGACCCGCGGCACUUCGAAAACCCCGAAGCCUUCGACCCCCGCCACUUUCUGGAUGAAAAGGGGGGGUUCAAGAGGAGCGAAGCCUUCCUCCCCUUCUCCGCAGGGAAGCGUAUGUGCUUGGGGGAGAGCCUGGCGCGGACGCAGCUCUUCCUCUUCCUCACCGCCAUCUUGCAGCGCUUCCAGCUGCGGCACCCCCCCGGCCGCCCCCCCCGCCUCGACCUGCGCCCCCAAGUCAGCGGCAUCAUGAACAUCCCCCGGCCCGCCCAGCUCUGCUUCUGCCCCCGCUGA